UGUCCCCUGCAGUGGCAGGCAGAGUCUUAACCACUACGCCACCAGGGAAGUCCCUAUGGUAAUGUACUUUUCUAGUGUACACUAAUUUUUAAUAAUUACCUAUACUAACUAAUUGAAAAAUAGACAUUAUUGCAUUUCUCAUCAGGGUAAUUUCAUUUUUCCAAUGAAGUUUUGCAGUGUUUUUUUUUUGCUGUAUGCGGGCCGCUCAUCACUGCGGCCCCUCCUGCCAUGGAGCACAGGCUCUGGACGCGCAGGCCCAGCGGCCAUGGCCCACGGGCCCAGCCGCUCCGCGGCACGCGGGAUCCUCCCGGACCGGGGCACGAACCCGCGCCCCCUGCAUCGGCAGGCAGACCCCCAACCACUGCGCCACCAGGGAAGCCCCUUGCAGUGGUUUUAUGGCUGGUGGGGUAGCAGGUGUCUGUGUUGACUUGAUAUUAUUUCCUCUGGAUACCAUUAAAACCAGGCUGCAGAGCCCCCAAGGAUUUAAUAAGGCUGGUGGUUUUCGUGGAAUAUAUGCUGGCGUUCCUUCUGCUGCUAUUGGAUCCUUUCCUAAUGCUGCUGCCUUUUUCAUCACCUAUGAAUAUGUGAAAUGGUUUUUGCACACUGAUUCAUCUUCGUAUUUGAUGCCUGUGAAGCAUAUGUUGGCUGCCUCUGCUGGAGAAGUGGUUGCUUGCCUGAUUCGAGUUCCUUCUGAAGUAGUUAAGCAGAGGGCACAGGUAUCUGCUUCUUCAGGAACAUUUCACAUUUUCUCUAACAUCUUAUGUCAAGAGGGCAUCCAAGGAUUAUAUCGAGGCUACAAAAGCACUGUUUUAAGAGAGAUUCCUUUCUCAUUGGUCCAGUUUCCCCUGUGGGAGUCCUUAAAAGCCCUCUGGUCCUGGAGGCAGGAUCAUGUGGUGGAUUCUUGGCAGUCAGCAGUCUGUGGAGCAUUUGCAGAGCAGAAACGACAGCAGCAUUUUGGAGUCAGAUUAGAGAGGUGGGCCCAUGGAAGGCAUGGACCCCCUGAGACUCAUGGGACACAGCAUGCCUCUCCGAGUGGGAGUCUGACCACGACACACCCCCGUGUACACAGGUGGAUUUGCAGCUGCAGUCACCACACCUCUGGACGUGGCAAAAACCAGAAUCAUGUUGGCAAAGGCCGGCUCCAGCCCUGCAAGUGGGAACGUCCUCUCUGCCCUGCAUGGUGUCUGGCGGACACGGGGGCUGUCGGGAUUAUUUGCAGGUGUCUUCCCUCGAAUGGCAGCCAUCAGUCUGGGAGGUUUCAUCUUUCUUGGUGCUUAUGACCAGACUCGCAGCUUUCUGUUGGAACUUGGCAGAGAGAGUCCAUGAAUCACAGACGGCCCCUGCCUUCAAGAAAGGGUCCUGCUGUGAGAACUGUUUCCCCUCCAGUGAGCAGCUGUUUGGCCAUCUAAACAACAAAACGCGGCACUCAAGUCCAGUUCUGCUCAGAUUACGACAUGGAGAACGCAUCUUCCGUGCUGCAGGCUGGCCGGGAUGACGUCAUCGGCCUGGUUCCCAGAGUUCAGAGAGAAAAUGAUGUCCACAGCGGUACUUUGAACAGUUUUCUCAGAACCCCUUAAUAAACAAGUGUGGCAACGCUGAGUCCAGGCCC